GGCGCGGCCCCACCUAGUGCGCAGGCGCGGCGCAGCCCGCCUGCCUGGUUGUCAUGAGAGCGGCAGCCGCGGCCCGGCUCUGCGCUCAGGGGCAGGGGCUGCACCUCGGUUGCCAAGGCGGCUGCGGCGCGGGGCUGCUGGCCGGUCCAGGGCGGCGGAGGGCCCUGGCGGUCUUGCGGGCGCCGAGGUCCGGGCGGGCCUUCGUCCUGACAGGUACCCCGAGCUGGCCGGGAGCGCGGGCCCAGGGCGCGGGCGGGCGGGUCUGGACAGACUUAGCGGCCGUGGCGCCGGGCCCGGGGGCGCCCCCUGCGGAGAACAGCGCCCUGGCCGGGGAGGGUGGGCGCCGCCUGCGCUCUGCGACCCAGCCCCCGAGCCGCCCGCCGCUGCCUCCAGCCAGCGCUGCCCUCGGCGUCGGGCGCUGUCCGCAGGCCCUGACCUCUGCUCUGGGCGCACAGCCGACGGCGCCCGGGCUCCUGACCGACUGACCGAAGCGUGUGAGGCCUGUGGCUCUGCCGGGCGCAGGUUCAGCUCUGACCCAGCCCCCUUCCAUUUCAGUAUUUUCUCAGCUUUCGUUUUCUUCCACUGGACUGUGGCAUCCUGAGCCCAGUGCACAGGAUGCCCCACAAGAUUGGAUUCGUAGUUGUCAGCUCGUCUGGACACGAAGACGGCUUCAGUGCCCGGGAGCUAAUGAUCCACGGGCCAACCGUCAGCGGCUGGAGGUCACCAAGAUUUUGCCAAUUUCCACAAGAAAUUGUUCUUCAAACGGUGGAGAGAUGUCGUAUAAGAAAAUUACAGUUACUUGCUCACCAAUACAUGAUUUCAAGUAAAAUUGAGUUCUACAUUAGCGAAAGCCGACCUGAGUAUUUUGUACCAUAUCAGGCAGAGCGGUUUCGAAGACUUGGCUACGUGUCUCUCUGUGACAACGAAAAGACAGGCUGCAAAGCCCGGGAACUAAAAUCAGUUUAUGUGGAUGCGGUGGGACAGUUUCUGAAGCUGAUUUUACACCAAAACCAUGUCAACAAAUUCAACAUACAUAAUCAGGUUGCUCUGGUUGCAAUAAAUAUCAUUGGAGACCCUGCAGAUUUCGGUGAUGAAAGCAAUAUUACCUCUAGAGAGAAGCUGAUUGACCAUUAUGUGGGCCACAACACCGAGGACCCGGCUCUCGAAGGCCCCUGUUCUGGGAAGUAUGACUAUAUUUCUCCACUUGAUGACUUAGCCUUUGAUAUGUACCAAGAUCCAGAAGUUGCACAGAUUAUACGCAAAUUAGAUGAGAGAAAGCGUGAAGCUGUGCGGAAGGAGCAGUACGACUAUGCCAAGAACCUGAAACAGGCCAUCGCUGACUUGCAAAAGGUUGGUGAGCGCCUCGGGCGGUAUGAGGUAGAAAAGCGCUGCGCGGUGGAGAAGGAGGACUAUGACCUCGCCAAGGAGAAGAAGCAGCAGAUGGAGCGCUUCCGCGCACAAGUGUACGAGCAGCUGGCACUCCACAGCCUCGAGGACCCUGAGCUGGUGCAGAGGCGUUCAGACCUGCCCCUCCAUCUGCCCACUCACCCCAGCAGCCCUCACCACCAACGACCCGUGCCCUCUCUGCUGCAAGAGGACAGAGUGGCAGAAAGCUGGUUCGCAGAGUCCUUCCUUCCAGAGAAGCCCUCAGCGCACCCCCGAGACGCCUCUCCUCAGCGCUGCACAGCAGACCCGUCCCCACCCGCCCCAGACCUGCGUCUCCAGACCCACGUAGAUAGCUCGGUUUGCAGUCGCAUGCAGUUUACCCAGCAGCUCGAGGUCCUGCCGCACGACGAGCGGCCUCUUCCCACUGUCCGCAGGCAGCCUGCAGCAGCCCCAGAGCCCCAGAAGAGUGACGCGGACGCCAGCGAGGCUCCCAAAGGAAGCUCUGGGGGCGAGCCUGAGCCCCUAACAGAGAAGGCGCUGAGGGAGGCCAGCUCCGCCGUGGAGGUGCUCGGGGAGACCUUGGUCGCAGGGGCCUAUUCCAAGACCUGGUCGUACCGGGAAGAUGCGCUGCUCGCCUUGUGUAAGCAGUUGGUGGAGAUGCCUGUCGGGACCUCGAGGGAGGACGUAAAGAGCACCCUGAGAGCAGCCACUGUCCUCAUCAGAAGAGCCGUCAGAGACACGGUGACCCCGGUGAGGCCCCAGCGUCUGUGUGACAUGCCACUUGAGUUUUCAGUGAGCGCCCUGGAGCACAGAGUGUAUGAGGUCCGAGAGACGGCGGUCAGAAUUAUCCUGGACAUGUAUCAACAGCACGGGGCUUUGAUUCUAGAGUACCUCCCUCCAGAUGACACCACCACACGCAAGAAUGUUCUCUAUAAAACGAUUUUUGAGGGGUUUGCUAAAAUAGAUGGCAGACCUACAGAUGCCGAAAUUAAGGUAAGUGAACUCCAUGCGGUCAUGACCGAAAAAGAAAGCGAGGAGGCGAAGGCAAAGACUCGGGAAACUCAAGGAAGGAAAGCAGCCCCGCCCGCCGCUUCAGAAGCUCCUGAUGAUCACUUUCUAGACAAUUUAUGUAUUUUUUGUGGGGAAAGGAGUGAAUCCUUCACAGAGGAAGGCCUGGAUCUCCAUUACUGGAAGCAUUGCCUCAUGCUGACCCGAUGUGAUUACUGCAAGCAGGUGGUCGAGAUACCCAGCCUGACAGAGCACCUGCUGACCGAGUGCGACAGACAAGACGUGUUUGGGAAGUGCUGGCGCUGCAGUGAGGCUAUUUUGAAAGAGGAGCUGUCCAGACACAUAAAGACAAAGGGAUGUAACCCUGCCAAAUCAGAGAAGCUGGCAAACCGGUGUCCUUUGUGCCAUGAGAACUUCAGCCCUGGAGAGGAGGCAUGGAAAGCUCACUUGAUGGGCCCGGCUGGCUGCACGAUGAACCUGCGCAAGACACACGUGCUGCCCAGGGCACCGCCUCUGCCUCAAGGAAAAGGCCCAGCCAUGGCCAGAUCAGGGACCUCAGGAGCAAAGGUCGGAAGCAAGAUCCCUACCCCGAGGGGGGCCUUGAGUAAAAGCACUGGCAGGACACACACACAGCGGUGACCUGACACUCCUCCGUCCUGUCUGAACAAGGCACUAGCUGCCUCCUGGCUGCAAACCAUCUCCCCUAAAAACCAUCCUAGGCGAGGCAGGCCUGCACGGUGCCAUGGCCGCCAGCUCUUGUGGUGCUGGUCUUCUUUGUGGGCUGUGUGUGGACCCUGUGCCUGGCGAGUUAGGACCUAAUCUCCCUGUAGUUUGUGGAUGUCGGUGUCCCAUUUCUCAGGCCUGGUGUCAACAGAGGGGUGAGUGUUCUGUCUGGAGAGGAUCCCGAGUCGCUGCUCAGGAAGCCUGCAAAGUGCUGCUGCCCUGUCAGUCCAUGGGCUGGGAGCUGGCGGGCAGACAGCGCCAGCACCCAUCCCGCACUUGCCAGGGUGAUGCCCAUAAAAUCUCUGCAAGCCUUUGCACAUCGGGCUCUUACCGUGGCUAAGUCUCCGCAGGGCUUCCGCUCCAGCAGUGGUACUGAGGCUGGAGAGGGCUGGUGUCCACACGCUUCCUGUGCCUUCUCACCUCGCCUCCUGCCUGCUCCCGUCCUCCUCUAACAAGUGAAGGUCAAGAGCAGCUGCUCCUGAGCACUGGCCUCUCAGCACUCACCCUGCUAGAUGCCGUGACCAACCUCCGCCUGCAGCAGGGGCCCUGCGUGGGGCAUGGAGUGGCACUGGGUGGCUACCUGCUAGCCUUCCCUAGGCACUUCAAGCUCUUUACACCAGAGGUCCCGAAGUGCAUACAGGUGUGCAAAAUGAUGUCCCAGGGCCCCUGUGCUCACCUGAUGCCUGUCAGUCAGAGCAACCCUCCCAAAACCCAAGGCAAACCUGGUGUGGUUCCUGCCAUGGGGCCACUUCUUUGCUGAACACUCACAAAUAAGCCUUCAGCAGGACCAGCCAACUCAGAUCACCCAGUUUGGGCCUGUCACCUGACCCUCUCAAAUCCACAUAGAAAUUGGAACUGUAAGUUCACUUUUCUCCAGUACUUCAUAUGAUGCUUAAAACACCAGAACAUCACCUAAAAUGACAGACCCAAACCUCCAGAUCCAGUCUCCUAAUCAGCUCCUGACCACGCACCCUGGCACACGGAACUGGUUCCGCUUGCAUCCUGUCCAGGUAGUGUGGGGAAAAGCCAGUGUUUGUCUGAAAUCUGCUUGGAAACACCCAGUGUCUUCCUGUCCACACCUGUGCCCCCAGGGCCCUAGCCUCCCAGAGACCCAAGGAAGGGGACCUCCCCUGCCGAUGGUGACCAGGGUACCUGAGCAUUACAUGAGCAGGGUUUCAGAAUGCCAGCAAGAAAUGUGUGCAAUUGGUCAAAUUUGUACUGCACAAUUACUGUUGAAUAUUUUUAAUUCCCAACCAUGUCAAAAAAUAAUACAUUAAAAUAAUAAAGAGCUAUUUGAGCAAGGUGCUCCCUGGGUAUAUUAAUGACCAUAAUUUGCACUAAUCAGUCUCCAUUUUUGGUAAACUAAGACCUCAUAUGGUUGACUCAAAAAUACAAGUGUCAUACCAAGAAAAUUACCUUUUUAAAAAAAUACCCUAUUAAAAAAGAAAAAAGCAUGGAAGGAGAAAUAACAUAAAACUUUGCUAUGCAAAACAGUGCAGAUACUGAGAUAAUUAUAAAAUGAUCCUUCCUGGUUUCAAAAAGAUAUUGGCCAUUAUUUUCUAAUUCAUUUUUAAAGUACAGAAAACAUUUCUUUAAAUAGCAUAAUAAUGAGAAAAGUCAUUCUCUUCUCAUCAAAACUUUUAUGAAAUAUACGUGUAAUGUUUUCUAUGUUGUAACUUACAGAAGUCAUUUGUAAAAAACAUUUAAUAUUUAGUGAUUGACAAAAUUGGGUGCAAACAGGUUAGUCUUGCUGGCUACAGAAGAUGUGUUUAUGUUGAAAUGACUCCUGCGAGUGAUUAGAGGCUAUUAAAAGCUUUACAAUUACAUACUAUUAAGAAACCAAAAAUAAAGGAUAAAAAAUUUAAAGGAACAUAAGAUCCCUUGCACUCAUAAAUAAAUAUCUAAAUUUGGACCAGUGAUUAAUAAUUGAACCUUCAUUCUAAAAUGUUGCAAAUAUUUAACAAUAUUUAUUUCUAUUUUCAUAUUUUGGAAUAUUCUGUCAAUCUAAUUUAAAAGAAUUUUAUCUAUAAAUUUGGCAUCAGAACACAAAUGUAAAUACUUCUAAUGAAAAUUUGCAGAUUUUUAAUGUUUUAACAUAGUUUUCUAUUUGUCUUUAUUUCAGGUGCCAGAAUUAUAAAAUAUAUAAGUAACAUUUUUGCUGUUGCUUUAGAACUUAGGGGUUAAUUCACCCUGAGUAUAUGAAUAUAUAAUAAAAUGAUCACUAAA